GAGAAUUUAUAUAUUAUAAACUUAGGGAAACAUGAUUUGCAUGUCUGACUCCGCUAGUCAGAAACGCACUCAAUCGCUGGAACGAAAAUAACUUCCUCUCACUUUUUCUCGUCUCUGACCAAGCACUCUUUACUCUUUAUGCAACCUCUACUGGAACCAGGUGAUCAAAUGGAGGAGGCAUCACCAACUCCUGUUUCAUUUUGGAGCAAGAUAUCCGACUUUAGGACCAUGGCUUGGGAAGCAUACAAGAAGAAGCCGAUCUCACAUUGGAUUCUUCUAUUUCUAAGCAGUGCAGCAAUGCUUGUUGCUUUCCCUGCUUCUAGCAUUCUUUCUCGUCUCUAUUAUUCCAAUGGGGGCACAAGCAAGUGGAUCAUUUCAUGGGUGGCAGUUGCCGGGUGGCCUCUAACUGCUUUGAUCUUAUUUCCUACAUACUACUUUUGUAAAACCUUUCCUACUCCUCUGAACUUUAAACUCACUCUUUCCUAUAUCGUGCUGGGUUUCUUAAGUGCUGCCGACAAUCUCAUGUAUGCAUAUGCAUAUGCUUACCUGCCAGCAUCUACUGCUGCUCUACUGGCAUCAUCGUCGCUUGCAUUUUCUGCACUAUUUGGGUAUUUUCUUGUGAAGAACAAACUGAAUGCUUCAAUUAUAAAUGCUAUUGUGGUCAUUACUGCUGCGAUGACCAUCAUUGCAUUGGAUUCAGAUUCCGAUGCAUAUGGAGAUAUCACAAAUAGCCAAUAUAUCAUAGGCUUUAUAUAUAUUUUGGGAUCCGCUCUUCAUGGGCUCAUUUUUGCACUUUCAGAACUAGUUUUUGUGAAGUUAUUGGGUAGAAGGUCCUUCCAUGUUGUGUUGGAGCAACAACUCAUGGUUUCUCUGUUUGCCUUUGUAUUUACCACCAUUGGGGUUAUUGUGAAUAAAGAUUUUCAAGGGAUGAAAUCUGAGGCUAAAAGUUUCAAGGGUGGCACAACUUCUUAUCUCCUUGUUCUGAUCUGGGGUGCUAUCACUUUUCAGCUGGGGGUAUUGGGAGGUACUGCUGUGCUUUUUCUAUCAUCCACUGUGCUUGCUGGUGUGCUCAAUGCAAUAAGGGUACCCCUCACAAGCAUUGCAGCCGUUAUAUUAUUAGAUGACCCCAUGGGAGGUUUCAAAAUUCUCUCUCUGAUGGUUACCUUCUGGGGAUUUGGCUCAUAUAUAUAUGGCAGUUCGUCGUUUGGUAAGGAUCCAUCAUGACAAUAGGUUCUUGAAUUCCCUGUUAACCAUUGUUUUCUUGGUUGAAGAAUCAAUGGGGUUAAUUUUUACAAUAUUGUUGGGCAAUUCUAGCACCCAAAUUGACUUAGAUAAGUGUACUAGUAGUAUCUUUGCAAUAUAGUUAGUUUUCUGCAAGAUUUUGUCCCUUGAAUACAACUUCAAAGGGAGAGGAAUUUGUGCAAUGGAUGCCACAUUAGAUUCUUGUCC